AUGGCAACACUAUAUAAUCGUAAAGAAAAAGCAGAAUUACUUCUUAUGCAUGGUGCAAAUAUUAAUGAAAAUUAUAGUGAUGGGCAAACUGCUCUUCAUUAUGCAACAUAUAAUAAUAAUAAAGAAAUGGUCGAACUUUUUAUUUCAUAUGGUGCAAAUAUCGAUGAAAAAAAUAAUAAAGGGAAAACCGCACUUCAUAUUGCAGCAGAAAAAAAUUGUAAAGAAAUAGCGGAACUUCUUCUUUCUUAUGGUGCAAAUAUCAGGAAAAAAGAUAAUGAUGGAAGAACCGCUUUCAGUAUUGCAGCAGAAAAUAAUAGUAAAGAAACAGCCGAAUUUCUUUUUUCAUAUGGCAAAUAA